CCCAAGAAUUAAAAGUUGAUGCUAUUGCGACUGGUGACUCAUUAUCCCAAGUAGCCUCGCAGACCUUAGAAAGUUUAGCAGUGAUUCAGCAAGUUAGGACUUAUAAUCUUUCUUUACAACAAUAUGAAGACUGCUGCUCCUUAUUUGAACCUAAAAACCCUAUAACUAAACCUAAAAAAGAGGUAGUAGAAAAGUUAGAAAAAGAGAUUUUUUGGUCUGAAAUUUUGGAAG